GCCAGCAGCAUGAAGCCUGUGCUGUUUCUUCAACUUCUGCUGUUGAUUCACUUAGCACCUCAGCGGGUGCCUGGGAGUCCCAAGCAACAUUUUAUGAGGAGUAUCUUGGAACCGCCACCCUGCAAAUCAGACCCUGAAAACUGUACUCAUUUCUGUACAUUGCAGGAAGAUUGCCAUAAAGGAUUUCAGUGCUGUUCUGCCUUCUGUGGGAUAGUCUGUACUCUAAACAUAAAUAUAAAGCAUGACAGGUAAGGGGAUUCUCAUUCCCAGUUCUG